AUGUCUGAUGCAUACCCCCACUUGAAGGAUAUCAUAAGCAAGGUUAUUGACAAAAUGCACGGAGAGGCAGAUUCAAAAGCAUUCAGAACACUAAGAAGCUAUCCUGGAAAUGAGAGACAGCCAGCAUUUGAUGAACAAGUCAGCGCAAUCUAUGGAAUCGAACAUCCUGGCUCAACUGGUGUUAUUUACGUAAUGGACAGAGCAAUGCGAACUGGGUACACUUGCGAUGAUCCAGCAUGGGCUAAUUUUGGCCAAGGUGCACCCGAAGUUGGUCACAUUGAUGGCUGUAUGGAAAAACCAACUCAUAUUGAAUUGCCUGUGGGGUCUCGCGAGUAUGCUCCAGCAGACGGUACCAAACAGCUACGUAUUGCGGUAGCCAAUCUGUACAACGAUCUUUAUCGAAAAGGACAGUCUUCCCAAUACACUUAUGAAAAUAUAUGCAUUGUGCCAGGUGGGAGAGCCGGCUUGACACGAGUAGCAGCUGCAAUAGGUGAUGUUAAUGUAGGAUACUUUCUACCAGAGUACACGGCUUAUGAGCAAAUGCUCUCGGUCUUCAAGAAAUUCGUACCGAUUCCAACUACACUAGAAGAAGAUAAGAAUUAUCACAUACAUCCAGACACAAUCCGCAAAGAAAUAGUUGGUAGGGGCUUAGGCGUCAUUGUAGCCUCAAACCCACGCAAUCCUACAGGACAAGUGCUUGAAGAAGAAACAUUGGAGACAUUAUUGAAUGUUUGCCGAGAGAAGCAUACUACAUUAGUAUUGGAUGAGUUCUAUUCAGCCUAUAUUUAUUCCCACGAUCAGUCAAAGAAUGGGCGCACUGUGAGUGCCACUCGUUUUGUUAAAGAUGUCAAUAAAGAUUCCUUGAUUGUAAUCGAUGGGUUGACAAAGAACUUUAGACUUCCUGGCUGGCGUGUGUGUUGGAUUGUUGGUCCAAAGCCUGUAAUUGAAUCCAUGGAAAGUUGCGGAUCGUUUUUGGAAGGUGGUGCAAACCACCCAUUACAACUGGCCGCAAUUCCUCUAUUGGAUCCGACUGUUUACAGGAACGAAACGAAACACCUUCAACGCCACUUCCGUGCCAAGCGAGAUUAUGUAUUAAAGCGGCUGCGUGAAAUGGGAUUCGAGAUCCGUGUGCCUCCUGAAGCCACUUUUUAUGUUUGGCUUGAUCUUUGCAAAUUGCCUGAGCCCAUAAACAUCGGUCUUCAUUUCUUUGAAGAAUGUUUAUUAGAAAAGGUGAUUGUGGUUCCAGGAAUCUUUUUCGACAUUAAUCCUUCCCAUCGUCGUGAGUUAUUCGAAUCUUCAUGUCAUCACUUUGUCAGACUUAGUUUUGGCCCUCCUCUGGAUCAACUUAAAAAAGGCCUUGACAAUAUUGAGAAAGUGCUUGCCAAAUUCAAAUCAAAAAAAUAA